GGUUGGGGCGAAUGGGGGCGAAUGGGGCAUGGUUGGCAGACGGGCGUUCGGCAGCCACAAGUGGCACAGGGCGCCGGCCAAUCAGCGCCCGAGAAUUACGCAGACGCAGGACCAGCCUGGCCGUCGUUCCGGGAGAAGUCGGGUCAUGGCGGGUCUGGCCUGUGGUUGGUCGGUCGGCGGGGUGGUUGUUCCGGGGUGGCUUAUCGGCUCCAUGAGCAUCAG